CUAAAUUAAAGCUUGACAACCCGACCCAUUGCCGUACUCACCCGUGUAGCGCACCUGGCGAAAAUCUAGCUCCCUUGUUCAACUUUUUCUCUAUUAUUUACCUUUUUUUUUUUCAUUAUUAUAUCAAUCAUCGAGUCUUGAUUUAAGGUUUCAGGUUUCUACUUUCUAUCGGUUCUUGACAUGGCGGGUGCUGGAAUCCACCCUUAUCACCAGCAGUGGCCGCCGGUACCAGCUCCUCCGCCCCCAGCAGCAUCAGCAGCCGCUCCUCCACUGCCGCCUCCUGUCCACCAUCCUCCUCCACCUGCUCCCUCUCAUGAUGAGGUUCGAACUAUCUUUAUUACGGGUCUUCCCGAAGAUGUCAAAGAGAGAGAGCUACAAAAUUUACUGAGAUGGCUUCCAGGUUAUGAAGCUUCGCAGGUGAACUACAAGGGAGAAAAGCCAAUGGGUUUUGCUCUCUUCUCAAGUGCACAAUUUGCAAUUGCUGCCAAAGAUGCCCUUCAGGAAAUGGUUUUUGAUGCUGAGUCAAAGUCGGUAUUGCACAUAGAGAUGGCCAAGAAGAAUCUAUUUGUGAAAAGAGGAAUUGUAGCAGAUUCUAAUGCAUAUGAUCAAAGCAAACGUUUGCGAACUGCUGGCGAUUAUUCACACAGCGCUUAUACAACUCCAUCUCCAUUUCACCCUCCUGCUCCUGUUUGGGGACCACAUGGGUAUAUGACUCCAACUCCUCCUCCAUAUGAUCCGUAUGGAGGUUAUCCUGUCCCUCCUGUGCCAAUGCCUACCCCUAGUCCUGUGCCUCCUAGCAGUUAUGUGCCUGUUCAGAAUACCAAAGAUAACCCUCCUUGCAAUACGUUAUUUAUUGGCAAUCUUGGAGAGAAUAUUAAUGAGGAAGAACUAGGGGGCCUAUUCAGCGCGCAACCUGGUUUUAAACAAAUGAAGAUCCUGAGACAAGAAAGACAUACUGUUUGCUUUAUAGAGUUUGAAGAUGUGAAUACUGCAACCAAUGUGCACCACAGUUUACAGGGUGCUGUGAUCCCUAGUUCUGGUUCUGUUGGCAUGCGAAUACAAUACUCCAAGAAUCCUUUCGGUAAAAGGAAGGACUCCAGUCAUCCUGUUGCUUCCCCUGGUGCAAAUGGGGCUCCACCACCUAUGACUUACCAGUAGAUCAAGGGGAUGUUCUCUGUAUUCUGUUCUCUGACAAUCACAACUCUACAUGCUAGGAUGCAUCUUGCAGCUUUUGCAUGCAUCCAUGUCAUUGCCACAAUCAGCAUUAGCAUCUUCUCUUGUGUUUGAAUGCACAUAGUGGUAUCAUGAACACACCAUUUGCUCAUGUUAUAUCAAUUUACCUAAGACAUGCAUUUGUCUGCAGCAUUUGUUAUGUCAGGUUAACUUUAUAGGGUUUCAGAUAAUAUAAUUUAAUAUAUGUAGAAGUAACGCAUUAUCUAUAGUUUUGGUUAAUUUGUGUGCUAUUCCACCUCAUAUCGAACAUUGACCAUUCCUUGAUACUGGACUACUGUAGUUCAAUAUUAGGUUCAACUGCGUCAUGCAACAUACAUCUGGAGUUGAUCCAAAUACAUUACAUUACUAACAUGAGAUUAAAAGAUGAUCCUCAGUUGCAUUUCAUGGCAUUAUUUCAAUUUAAAAAACGCUGAAAAUCAUACCAUUUUUCAUUCUAGACUUGGAAUUGUUAGAACCAUUGCCGUAGCCAUACGCACAUUUUGUUCCAGAUUCAUAGGCCCUAUUUGUUCUGGUCAAGUGAAAAAAUGAUUGCCAUGUUUUUAACAUAUUAGGGGUCUUCAAAGCAUAAUUAUAGGACUAAUUUUCGAAAUAUGUAUGCCAGUAUGAUCCAAACACAUUACAUUCAGAAGAAAAUCAUGAUUUUCAUAUCAUACCACUGUUAUGAUCUGAAAAUGUAGGAAGGCAUACCAUUGCACAUUUAUUAUGAGGAAGAAAUAUAACCGUUACCAUAGCCUUAGACACUGUUUAUUCCAUUGAAGUGAAAGGAUGAUGAUCAUCUUUUAAGCAUUUAGGGUCUUCAAAGCAUAAUUAAGGAAGUAUUAGAAGAUUUAUGUGGCUAUGAUAUAUAUGCAGGAUAAGCUACUCUGUUUGAGGUGAACAGUGCUUCAGCUGAUAUUUUUGUUUCAGGUAACCUUUUAGUGGUAGUCAAAAGUGAAAACAUCCCCAUGUGGAUGUUGAGCUGACAGACACCUCUUAGGAAUAAAUGCUUGUUGGUGACAGCUACAACUGCAUGUUUUUUAUUGGCUCUCUAUUUCUGGAGGAACUCUCUUUGGUCUUUUGUUUGAUGCAGAAGAUUAGUGCAGUGUAAGGGAAGAAAUGAAAAUGGUAAAAAAAAAAAAACAGUUACUUGCUGCAGUGAAUAAAAAUUUUCUAACCAUGGCUGACUGAUUAUUUUUAAUCCAUUGGUUAUAUAUAAUAUAAUAUCUUUGGUCGUUUUAACUUGUAGGUUGUAGAGUUAUUCAAGCUGUUCCAUUUCUCCUAGCAACGCAGCUAUUAUUAUAGUGUAGUAUAGGAAGCCCAUUUCUCAUGGAUUUUUCUAGGUUUAACUCGCUCUUUUGUUUUGGGUCACGUUUGUAGUUACAUAACUGAUAUAAUGUGCAAGCCUUGAAAGUCCAAGCAAUUAUGCAUACAUCCCAGAUAAAAUAAUUUAAUUAUUAAUUCUAUAAUUUGACUAAGCCACACGCUUCCGGCUCAGUGGUUUGCCUCUCCCCUAAGACAGAGGUUAAUGUUGCUUGUUUGACGGUAAGCUGCCACAUGCAUCAUCCUCCACUGUCAAAUGCUCCCUUCAGUCCGUUGGUGUCAAGAUCAGAUCAGUUCAGUCCAGCCAUGACUAGCUCUUUUCAGCGUCAAGACCAGCCACCCACGCCCAAGAUCAGCAACUUCCUCUCCUUUUCGCCUUUGACCUCC